AUCAAAAUAGCGAAACCCCAUUAGAUACAAAUUUUGAAGUGCGUAUAAAUUCAUCACCUCCAUCGCUUCCCUUCAAAACUCUCUGAAAUUAUACGCAAAUCCCUCAAUUUUCUCUGAAUCUCUCUUUUCGCCCGCAUAAUCUGGGAAUUCGCCCUUUUCUCUGGGUUUUAAUUUUUCUUUUUCUGGAACCCAUCUUCGAAUCAUGCCAGAUAUUCAAGAACCCGUUAUGGAAAAAGACGGGCUUUAUCAACAUCCACUUCAUAAGCUAAAACGAACGCACUGGUGGAUCUUGGUUGUUCUCAACAUAACUUUUCUCAUAGUCGGUCAAGCUGCAGCGGUUCUUUUAGGAAGAUUCUAUUACGACAAAGGCGGCAAUAGUAAAUGGCUAGCCACACUUGUCCAAACGGCCGCCUUCCCGAUUCUUCUAAUCCCGUAUUUUUUCCUCCGCUCGAAAAACGAGCCCCCUAGUUCAUCACCCCCACCUUCGAUUCUUGUUCUUUGCACGAUUUAUUUCGUCAUAGGCGUCCUAAUUGCAGGUGAUAACAUGCUCUAUUCCAUCGCCCUUUUGUAUCUAUCCGCUUCGACUUAUUCUCUCAUCUGCGCCACACAAUUGGCGUUCAACGCGAUUUUUUCCUACUUCUUAAACAGUCAAAAGUUCACCGCUUUAAUAUUUAAUUCCGUGGUGAUUCUCUCUUUAUCCGCCGCCCUUCUUGCUAUAAACGACGACUCGGACAAACCUUUAGGGGUAUCUAAGCGUAAAUAUAUAAUCGGAAUUGUUACGGCACUUGCAGCUUCUGCACUGUACUCCCUUUUGCUGUCUCUAAUGCAGUUGACUUUUGAGAAGGUUCUAAAGAAAGAAACUUUUUCGAUUGUGCUCGAGAUGCAGAUUUACACGGCGAUUGUGGCGACUUGUGUUGCUAUUGUGGGCCUUUUCGCUAGCGGGGAGUGGAGGAGUUUGCAGGGAGAAAUGGGUAAUUUCACAUCGGGGAGAGUUUCUUACGUAAUGACUUUGGUUUGGACAGCUGUCGCGUGGCAGGUAUGUUCAGUCGGUGUUGUUGGUUUGAUUUUUGUGGUUUCGUCUCUUUUUUCGAAUGUCAUAAGUACCCUUUCGUUGGCUGUUACUCCUCUUGCUUCGGUGGUGAUAUUUCACGAUAGUAUGAACGGGGUGAAGAUAAUUGCUAUGCUUAUGGCUAUUUGGGGAUUUGCUUCUUAUAUUUAUCAGAAUUAUUUGGAUGAUUUGAAAUCGAGAAACGACAAAAUUCGUGGUAAUAACGACGCCGGUAAUGAUUCUUGUAUCUGAUUCUUGAUUUUUUUUGGGAUAUUUUUAUGGCAAAGACUUGAUGGAAAUUCAUGUUUGGACAGUUAGAUUAUUUUGCGUUUAUCAUUUUCGUUCGAUUUUCGGAAGGAUUCGUAUUAGAAAAAAAAGUUGGUUUUCGUUUUUUAA